AUGGAAGAAUCAGGUUCCACCUCCGCCGAAGAGGUCGCCAGAAGCCGAGACACCCUAUCGGCAAUCCUUUUCCGGCUGCCGCCGAAACCCCUUAUCCAAUUAAAACUCGUCUCAAAGGGGUGGCUGAUCCUCAUCUCCGACUACCGAUUCCGCCGCAGCCACUACCUCCGCCACAACCCCGCCGCCCUUCUCCUCUCCAACAAAUACGGCCCCUUACCCCGCUCCCACAUCCUCUCCUUCACCACCACAACCGCCACAAUCCGCGACCUCGACCUCGACUUCCUCACCAACCACAUUUUCCGCGCCAAACGCGUCGACACCGUCGUUUGCUCCUGCAACGGCGUCCUCCUCUGCCGUUCCGCCACCUCCCACUUCAUCUGUAACCCAACAACCAGAACAUUCACCACCCUCACUCUGCCUAAACAGCGCUCCAAGAACAACCAAGAGUGCGCGUUUUACCUCGCCUUCGACCCUUCCACCUCGCCACACUAUGAAAUCGUUCUGCUUCGGAUAUGGGGUGGCGUGAAACCACCGUUUCGCUGUGUCUUCAGUGUUUACUCCUCCAAAACACGUUCAUGGAGAGACUCUGCUUCUGGGGUUAGUUUCAAUGCCCAGUUUAGAUUGAAUGAUGCUAAUGGGGUUUACUCCAACCGUGCCAUUCAUUGGUUCAACAAAGCUGCUGAACUCUCUGGUGAUUGCACUGGUGGUAUGUAUUUUGACAUUGAUGCUCGGUGCCUGAAAGAACUCCCAAUGCCUCUGUUUGAUGAUUCGGAAUCCGAAUCGGUUAAUCGAAAUGUGAAGUAUUUUGGAGAAUCUGGUGGGUGUUUGCAGUUGAUAAUUGGCAUUAAGGAAACUCUCAAGUUUGAUGUUUUUGAACUGAAGGAAGAUUACUCUGCAUGGUCAUUGAUACACAGUGUUAAUCUCAACCCAACACGAGUUAAAUUUCCAGAGUUAUCACAUUGGGACAUGCCUAAUUCAGUGGUGCCAUUUUACAUUGCUCGCCCUUCAGAAGAAAAGAACUCAGUGUUGGUGUUGAUUGUUGGUGGAGGAGCAGCAGUAUUACUGUAUGAUCCUGUGGAUAGAACUUCAAGAAAGUUGUGUGAUUUGAAACCAGGGACUAUAAAUGUUGAUCUUGCUACUGGUAAUGUGUUGGGUGAGGUUUUUCAGUACUUUGAGUACAGCUCUUGUUGA